UUCACCCUGCUCUGUAAGGCAUUCUUAUGUAAUAUCUUCCUUUGAAAUCUGCCUAUCGAUGAAAGAAAUGAAAGGUCAUUUGACCAAAAUUGUCCAUGAAGUAACUACGAACUGGUCUGUUCUGUUAACCCUUUUUCUUGUAUGCACUCUACACAUUCACAAUGGGGAUUGAUUAUGAUGAACGCAAGAGUCCGAGUUUGGGAGUACAGGCUUUGUGGUACCAGCAUGCAUGAUGUAGCGGCCUUGACAUUAGCUUCGCUAAUUCAUAUUCCUGAAAGGUACAGUGACGACGCCAGGGUACAAUCUCCAUACAAAUUCUCCCUAAAUAAAAGAGUUCAUUAUCAGAUGAAGUUCUAACGUAAACUACAUGAUGGGGAUGACGGAUCGCAGGCUGGCCCUUCCCCGUAGUUUUCCCGUGGUUUUGUUGAUGUUUUUGAUGGCAUGUUCUCAGGUUGGUACCAUUAAAUCUAUCGGGAUCUACCUCGAAGAUAUCUCAUGGAGUCUAGGAACAACCUCAACAGACAUAGGAGUUGCCCUCGGACUUUUCAACGCAUUCGGUUACUUUCCAGCUCCUCUGAUUGUUGCCCUCUACCGUCUGAGAUCGAUUCGUCGUGGUAUUCUUAUCUUGGGAUCAUGUUUUAUAUCUCUGGGUGUUAUCCUUACAGCCAUGGCGACCAACAACAUUCUGAUCGCUGUAUACCUAUCCAUAAGUGGCAUUGGACACUGUAUGAUAGCAAUAUCUACAACAGUCGCCUUGGAUCAACUUGCAAGCAAGAAAAACUUCAAUGUAUUGUUUGGUUUGGGUAUGAGCGGAUUUGGCUUAGGAAUGGUCCUGCUGCCAUUCUUAGCAGAUGUCAUUGGUCAAGUGUAUGGUUGGAGAGGAGGACUACUUAUCCUUGGCGGCCUAAUGGCCAACCUCAUUCCUUGUGCCAUGGCAAUACAAGCAGAACCAUCAAUACGCAAUGAACAAACAUCGGAUGCCAUCGAUAACUUGAAUCAAUGUGAAUUUGAAGGAAUAGGAGACAGUUUAACCGACGAUGAAGCGACACCGCUAUGCCCUGAAAGCACUGCUGGUACAAACUCCGAUCGAAAUAAACAACGAGUUGAUGAUCAUCGAUUAGCAAAGUCAACAGCAGUCGAAAAGAAUCGAGAGGAACCUCUUGAACAAAACAGAAGUUCCAGGCCAUUCCUUCACAAAUUAAGCGAGAGCGUUCGCCGGUCCGAUUUUUAUAGGGACCCAGUAAUCAAUUUGAUGUGUUUUGAAAGUAUGAUGUUUGGUGUCAUGUACUGUGGUUGGCAUGGAUUUCUGGUUCCCCACGCCAUUCAGAGAGGCUAUUCUAUCAAUGCUACUAUUUUGAUGACAUUCUUUGCCUCUACAGGCAACUUCCUUGGAAGACUCUUGGCAGGUGCCCUCUCUGAUCGCCUGUCGAAACCUGUCAUCCUGUACCUGGUUGUAACCUUGCUGAACUCUGUGUCAAUUCUGUGCGAUGCAAUUCUUCACAAUUUCUAUGUAAUGUUUGUAACAGCGUGUCUAUCUGCUAUAAGCAUUGCUUCUAUGUCUGUUCUUGGGCCUCUGGCAUUAAGGAAUAGAGCGUCUCCUGAAACCUUCGACAUUGUAUAUGCAAUCAAUGAACAGAUUUUUGGCUUUGGGACCUUCAUUGGGGGCUACUUGUCAGGUUUGGUCGGUGGCCUAUAUUCCUCCUAUGAUGCCACAUUCAAGCUUCUGGGUUGUGUGAAUACAUUGAUCUUUUUGUUUUUGUUCCCGGUCAUCCUGAUUAAAAAACCAGAAUAAGUUUGAUGCUCGUCAACAUUGGUAAUGUCCGUGUGAUAAAAAAAGUGAUGACAUUUAAUUAUGGACGUUUCCUCUUCAGAAGGGGCGGGGGCGCAGUACCCCCCACACUUUUUGAAGUAUUGAAAAAGUACAAUUUUUUCUACGAAAG